AUGAAUUCCAAGAGCGCCAAAGAUAUAAUUAUUGGGAAGUGGGGCCUGAAGGCGGGCGGCUCCAGGCCUGAGGCUGAUCUCGAGAGGCGUAAGCAGGGGAAGGCGGCCCAGAGGAACUCGGCGGAGGAGGUCGCGAAAGGGAAAAGCAGAGUGACUGAUCGGGAGAGGAACGGGCUCCUGGAGAAAAUACUUUCCCUUGAAAAAGAACAAGAAAAAUACAACCAUCUUCUUGGAGAGAAGGACAAAGAAAUUCAAAACCUGAAAGACAAGCUUAAAUCUAAAAACAAGAAUAGUGAAGUCUCCUUGUUACAAUGUCAACUACAGGAAAAGACAAAGGAAGCAGAAAGGAGAGAACAGUUACUUCAGUCUCUGUCAGAAGAAAUUAACCAGUUAAAAUGCAGUUUGUCCACUGUUACUGCAAAAUGUUCUGAGCUUGAAAACAGAGCCGGUGCUUUUCAGGCAUACCAGGAAACUGUAACAAACAGCACUGGAUCACCAACUAAUCUUUAUGAAGUUGAAAAACAACUGAAAGAUGCUCUUGAGAAAAACCAACAGUGGCUACUGUAUGACCAGCAACGUGAAGCGUAUGUCAGGGGACUGCUUGGAAGGAUCUUUGAACUUCAACAGAAGUCAGAAUUAGUUCGCCAACAAGAAUCUGAAGAAUUCAAUUCAGAAGGUUAUCUACAAGAGGAGAAGCAACAACAUUAUGACCAGCUGUUACUAAAGGCUAAGAGCGACCUUGAGAUUGAAAGAUGGACUAUAACCCAGCUGAGAUCUGAACUUAACGAAUUCAAAACAAAGUAUGAAGAAACACAACAAGAAAUAAUGAGUUUAAAUGCCUUAAUGCACUCACAACAGGUUGCUGAAAUGAAGACUCUAGAAAAUGAAAAUAAAAUAAAAGGAGAGAAAGUGCAGGAACUAAAACAAGAAAAUGAAACUAUUAAAGGACAGCUCAGAGAAGAAAAGAAAAAGUCUGACAAUCUUUUAUGUCAGGUGCAACUUCUUCAUAAAUCAUUGCUCAAACAGCAGGAGCAACACACCAGGAUAGCUUUGUUGGAACAACAGAUCCAGAUAUGCACCACAGAGCUUGAGAAUGAAAAGCUUGAUCACCAGAACUUGCAGCAUCAGUUAAAUAAAGUCCUUAAGGAGCUACAGAAGGCCAGGGAGCAAAUAACCCGUCUGGAACCUCUGAAUCUCCAGGAAUCUGGAUGUAAGGAACUACAAGAAGAUUUGCAAGCUGUGUUGGAAAAGCUGACCAUGUAUGACAGAAGUCCUCCCCUGAAACAUUCAAGCAUUCUUGAUGAAAGUUUUCUUGAGUGUCCAAGAUGUAAAGUGCAGUAUCCAACAAGCCAGCACAGAGAAUUACUAGCACAUAUUGACUUUUGUACAGCUUGA